AUGAAACUCACCUGCAAAGCGUCCGGUUACACAUUUACCGACCACUCGCUAGCCUGGAUCCGCCAGGCGCCGGGGAAAGGCCUGGAGUGGGUAGCAACGAUUUGGACAAAUAAUUUCAACACUUUCUACCCUGAGGGUCUUAAAGGGCGAGUGACCGUCAGUGUGGACACCGCGGCCAGCACCACGUCGCUGCAGCUGGCCAGCCUGGCAGCUGAGGACACCGCUGUGUAUUACUGUGCAAGGCACACAAUGAGCAGUUCUGUGAGCCACGCGGCAGAGAACCAGACCAUCUCCGGUGUGUUCAUCCUGCUGGGGUUUACCUACCUAAACAAGCUGCAAAUCCUUCUGUUUCUGGUGCUUCUGGUCGCCUACCUGCUCACCCUGAUGGGGAACCUCAUCAUUAUCCUUCUGAUAAAGCUCAACCCCUCCCUCCACACCCCCAUGUAUUUCUUCCUGGUGAACCUGUCUGUCUCGGAAAUCUGCGUCACCACCAGCGUGACCCCUCAGCUACUGGUUCACCUCCUGGUGGAGGAAAAGACCAUCUCCCUCGCUGGUUGUGCUGCCCAGUUGAAUGUUUUUAACAUCACAGGCCUCGCAGCCUGCUGUCUCCUCGCAGCCAUGGCCUACGACCGGUAUGUGGCCAUAUGCCACCCUUUGCAUUAUACAACCAUCAUGAGUGGCCAGGUGUGUGCGCUGCUCGCAUGUAUUUCAUGGCUCAUCGGCAUCUCGGUGGCCAUAGUUCAGACCACGUGGCUCUUCAGCCUGCCCUUGUGUGGCUCCAACCGCAUCCCCCAUUAUUUCUGCUACAUUCAACCAUUACAGAAGAUGCUCUGCAUUGACCCUUGGAAGAACGUGAUCUUUGGCUUGGCCGUGAUGGUGCUGUUUGUUAUGAGCCCUUUUUUACUGAUAGUCCUGUCCUAUGUCCGCAUCAUUUCCACUGUCCUCAAGCUGCCGUCAGCGGAGGGGAGGCGUAAAGCCUUCUCCACCUGCUCCUCUCACCUCACAGUGGUGACUUUGCUCUAUGGAACAGGACUUUUGAGUUACCUGAAACCCACGUCAAGCUCCACCCCUGAGAGUGAUCUGCUGAUAUUCCUUAUGCACACAGCUGUAACACCCAUGAUGAAUCCCAUAAUAUACACUCUGCGGAACAAAGAGGUGAAGGUAGCCUUUAGAAACACAGUAGGGAAGGUCUUCUUCUCACACAGCUGGAGAUAUUAG